AUGGGUACUCUUUGAAAGAUGUUUCUUUUUUCUUCAUUUUUUUCACAAUUACGGCUGAACAUUCCAAAACCUUGUCGGUUUUCGUCUAAUUCCGUUAAAGCCCUAGCUGCUGGUGUCUCUAAAGCAAUCAAAGAAGGAAACUUUAACCCGUUAGAUUCUGAGUACGGUGCAAAUUCGCUACGGAAGGAGACGAACUUGAUUCUUCUUUCACUUCAGUCUGAUCCUUAUUCUGCGGUCAAUUAUUUCCGAUGGGCAGAGAUGUCUGGAUUAGCUCCUUCUUUCUUUACCCUUGUUCAUGUUUUGGUUCGUCAUGGGAAGUUCGAUGUUGCAGAUAAGGUGUUUGAUGAAAUGAUUGCCAAUCGUGGAAAUAUAAGUGUAAUGCUGGAUAAGUCAAUGGACUUUCCUUUGAAUCACAGUGUUGUUUAUGGGUUUUUGAUGGAGUGUUGUUGUAGAUAUGGCAUGUUUGAUGAGGCUAUGGAGAUAAUUGUGUAUAGCACUCAAUCAGGUGUAGUUAUAGCGAAGGAUUCUGUGUAUAGGAUGCUGAAUUAUUUGAUUGACGCUGCUCGUAUUGACUUAAUAGCUGAUCAUUUCGAUAAACUAUGUAGAGGAAUCGUCCGUUGUGGUUUGAGUGCUCAUGGAUUUGUGUUGGAUGCUCUUUUCCGCAAAGGAGAGGUCACAAAGGCUUUAGAUUUUCACCGACUAGUGAUUGAGAGAGGUUUUCAUGUCGAUAUAGUUUCUUGCAAUAAGAUUUUGAAAGGUCUUAUGAUUGAUGAUCAGAUAGAGGUAGCUUCUCGUAUGUUCAGCUUGGUGUUGGACUGUGGUCCGCAACCUAAUGUAGUGACUUUUAGUACGCUGAUAAACGGGUUCUGCAAAAGAGGCGAAAUGGACAGAGCAUUUGAGCUUUUCAAUGUAAUGGAACAGAAAGGGAUAGUGCCUGACUUGAUCGCGUACAGCACUCUGAUUGAUGGAUACUUCAAAGCAGGGAUGUUAGGAAUGGGUCAUAAACUUUUCUCGCAGGCAUUACAUAACGGCGUGAGGUUUGACGUAAUUUUUUUCAGUUCAAAGAUUGAUGCAUAUGUAAAGUCUGGGGAUUUAGCAACUGCAUCUGAUGUGUAUAAGAGAAUGUUGUGCCAAGGAAUUUCCCCUAAUGUGGUUACCUACACCAUUCUCAUAAAAGGCUUGUGCCAGGAUGGAAAAAUUUACGAGGCUUUUGGUAUUUAUGGUCAGAUCUUGAAACGUUGUUUAGAGCCAUCCGUUGUAACUUAUAGCAGUCUCAUUGAUGGUUUUUGCAAGUGUGGGAACUUGAGAUCCGGGUUUGAUAUGUACGAGGAUAUGAUAAAGAUGGGCCAUUCACCUGAUGAUGGCAUUUAUGGUGUGAUUGUAGAUGGCCUUUGCAAACAAGGGCUAAUGCUGCAUGCUUUGAGAUUCUUUGUUAAGACUCUGAGCCAGUCGGUCCAGACCAAUGUUGUGGUUUUUAAUUCUUUAAUAGAUGGCUGGUGUAAGUUAAAUCGUUAUGAAGAGGCUUUGAAGGUGUUUAGAUUAAUGGGGAUUUAUGGUAUAAAACCUGAUGUAGCCACAUUCACCACAUUUAUGAGAGUGAGUGUCAUGGAAGGUAGAAUAGAGGAAGCACUAUUUCUGUUUUUCCGGAUGUUCAAAAUGGGUUUUGAACCUGAUGCUGUAGCAUUCUGUACACUAAUGGAUGCAUUCUGCAAGCAUAUGAAGCCAACCAUUGGGCUUCAACUUUUUGAGCUUAUGCAGAGUAAUAGAAUCUCUGUGGAUAUCGCGGUAUGCAAUGUCGUCAUUAAUUUGUUAUUCAAAGCUCAACGCGUAGAAGAUGUUUCUAAGUUUUUUAAUAGUCUUCUCAAAGGAAAGAUGGAGCCUGAUAUUGUUACCUAUAACACAAUGAUAUGUGGCUACUGCUCUUUUAGAAGGUUAGAUGAAGCAAAGAGGAUUUUCGAGAUGCUUAAGCUCACCGCUUUUGGACCCAGUUCUGUAACUUUGACGAUAUUUAUCCAUGCGCUCUGUAAAAACGAUGCUGUGGAUGAUGCUGUAAGGAUGUUCUCCAGAAUGGUGGAAGAGGGCCCUAAACCAAAUGUUGUCACAUAUGGUUGUCUAAUGGAUUUUUUCUCAAAAUCCAUCGAUAUUGAAGGUUCUUUCAAGCUUUUUGAGAAUAUGCGAGAGAAAGGUAUUUCUCCAAGCAUAAUAAGUUAUAGUAUCAUAAUUGACGGUCUUUGCAAACGAGGAAGAGUGGAUGAAGCGACAAAUAUCUUCCAUCAAGCCAUAGAUGCAAAGUUAUUGCCUGAUGUUGUUGCCUACGCGAUUCUUAUUCGUGGUUGUUGCAAGGUUGGAAAACUUGCUGAAGCCGCAUUGUUGUAUGAACAUAUGUUAAGAAACGGAGUCAAACCAGAUGAUUUGCUGCGACGAGCCCUUUUAGGAUAUAAUCUCCCAAAAUGGUUGAUGAACAAAGGAAUUUGGGUACACGACAAAAUGAUGCCUGAUUAGGAAGUGAGUGGUUUGAGCAGAGACUUAAAGAGAGAGGGAGAGAAAUGAUCCAUCAUCCAUAUGUCUUCUCCGGAGACUCCUCAUCGCUUCAUUGACGAUGGAUCAAAGAUUGAAGAAGAAGUAAAGCAUAAAUCAUCUAAUAUAUAUGUCGGCAAAUGUUUGAUGAGAACGAGAGAAAAUGAUCUGUUUGGAUUUACUAGUUUGAUCGAAACGAUAUCUCUUUUCUUUCGAUUGCUUCGAUGAACAAGAUGGGAGACGCUCAUGUCUUGAGGCAAGCAAAAGAUCACCAAUUCCCCCUUUUAAAACUUCAAUCUCUUUGUAAGAGACUAGUAUUACAUAAUCUGUGUGUUUAAUUUUCGAUUUUUUUUUUUGUUUUUUUUUUCACCAGAAGUAUUUUUAUGACCACGAUUUGGCAUACUACAUCUGUAGCACUUACUGAGGUCCAAUAUUUUUCUUUGUUAU